UACAUGGUUUAUUUGUAGUGUGGUUCUUUCCCCCAUUUAUAGUAUAUCCGCGAGCUCUUUUUCUUUUCUCUUUCAACAUGACGGACGUCAAGGUGGCACCAGCCAAACAGGCAUCAGCUAAAAAAGCUCCAAUUAAAAAGGCCAAAAAAGAGCCUAAAAAUCCAGCUAAAAAUGUCAUGAGAGAAGUACGUAUUCGUAAAUUGUGUUUGAACAUUUGCGUUGGUGAAUCUGGUGACAGACUUACACGUGCUGCUAAGGUCUUGGAACAAUUAACUGGACAACAGCCAGUUUUUUCAAAGGCCAGAUAUACUGUCCGUUCAUUUGGUAUUCGUCGUAACGAAAAAAUUGCUGUUCAUUGUACAGUACGUGGUGCCAAGGCUGAAGAAAUUCUUGAGCGUGGUCUUAAGGUCCGUGAAUACGAAUUACGCAAAGAAAAUUUCUCAGAUACUGGUAACUUUGGUUUUGGUAUCCAGGAACACAUUGAUUUGGGUAUCAAGUAUGAUCCAAGCAUUGGUAUCUACGGUUUGGACUUUUACGUUGUUCUUGGACGUCCAGGUUUCAAUGUUGCUCACCGAAGAAGAAAGACCGGAAAGGUUGGCUUCCCACACAGACUUUGCAAGGAUGAUGCCAUGAAAUGGUUCCAACAGAAAUACGAUGGUGUCAUCAUGAAUGCCAAGAAGUAAAUUUUUUAAAUUAAAUGAUACUUUAUAAAAACCACGUAAUAAUAAAAACAAAUAAAAAAAAAAUAAUAAAAUUUAAA